GGUUUCCGGCCACGCUAGAGCGCCUCCCGUCCGCCAGCCAUCCCAGUCCCCAGCGGCUUCUAUUUCCGGGUGCGGCUCCUGUCAUAAAGCGGGGGCCUCUCUACAAACGUGGAAUCGUGGGUCCUUCGCGCCUCGCCGGGGGUCAGCGCGCAAGGACGGUCCCUGGCGGGGGUACUUUGCAGCCAACGGCUGGAGCCGGUCUUCGCGUACCGAGUCCGCACUGGCACCUCUAACCCCUCAGAGCUAGCUGGCUCUUGAGCCCUCACGAGUUAGAGUCCCUGAUUCGCAGCCUCCAGGGCUGCAGCUCCAGAAGAUAUCACUCCUUCGCCCAUCCCUGUCCCCAUAGGCAUGCUCUGCCCUGUGAGGUACAGCAUUUGACAAGUCACCCCUACCCCACACACCACUUCCACCCGCGUCGGCCUUAACUUCGUUCUUAACCUCCUUUUGAGACCCCUCCCUUCUGCCUCCAGAAGAGGUCUUUUCCCCCCACUUCCGUGAAAGAGGAGUUUUGGGUCUCUUGCAGAAAGAUUACCUUUAAGACUGAGCACCUAUUUGAUAACUAAAACAAGUUCAUGCUUACUAAAGAGUUUGUGGGCAAAGUGAAACCCAGUGCACACGGGAAAUUAUGGCUGAGCACGGGGCUCACAUCACAACUGCUUCUGUGGUGGAUGACCAGCCAUCCAUCUUUGAGGUGGUAGCACAGGAGAGUUUAAUGACAGCAGUGAGACCUGCUCUUCAGCAUGUGGUCAAGGUUCUUGCAGAAUCCAAUCCUGCCCACUAUGGCUUCUUUUGGAGGUGGUUUGAUGAAAUCUUCACCCUGCUAGAUCUUCUGCUCCAGCAGCAUUAUUUGUCCAAAACCAGUGCCUCAUUCUCUGAAAAUUUUUAUGGCUUAAAGCGCAUUGUAAUGGAGGACACACACAAGCUUCAGAGGUUGGCCAGUGCUGGUCUCCCAAAGCAGCAGCUUUGGAAGUCAAUUAUGUUCCUGGUUCUUCUUCCCUACCUGAAAGUGAAGCUUGAGAAGCUGGUUUCUAGCCUGAGAGAAGAGGAUGAAUAUUCUAUUCAUCCCCCUUCUUCCCGUUGGAAACAGUUUUAUAGAGCCUUCCUGGCAGCCUACCCAUUUGUUAACAUGGCAUGGGAAGGCUGGUUUUUUGCACAACAACUUCGAUACAUCCUAGGAAAGGCUCAGCAUCACUCACCACUGCUGAGGCUGGCUGGUGUUCGGUUAGGUCGACUUACAGUUCAGGAUAUACAAGCUCUGGAGCACAGACCAGCUGAAGUCAGCAUGAUGCAGCAACCAGCCAGGAGUGUUGGUGAGAAGAUAAAGUCAGCUCUGAAGAAAGCUGUGGGAGGUGCUGCCUUAUCCCUCUCUACUGGCCUUUCUGUGGGAGUAUUCUUUCUGCAAUUCCUUGAGUGGUGGUACUCAUCUGAAAAUCAAGAAACCGUCAAAUCGCUGACUGCCCUACCUACUCCGCCACCACCUGUACACCUGGACUACAAUUCUGAUUCUCCUCUGUUACCCAAAAUGAAGACUGUGUGCCCACUGUGUCGUAAAACCCGGGUGAAUGAUACUGUUCUUGCCACCUCUGGCUAUGUGUUUUGUUAUCGCUGUGUGUUUAAUUAUGUCAGGAGUCACCAAGCUUGUCCCAUAACAGGUUAUCCAACAGAAGUACAACAUCUAAUUAAACUGUACUCCCCUGAGAACUGAAAGGGAUUAGCAUUUUAUCUCACAACAAAAUUACUGCACUAUAAGGCCACAGGACUGAUUUUCAGCACAGUAUGUAGCAUUGUUUGAUACUUCUCAUCCUCUACUCAUAAUUAUAUGGACUUUAAAUAACUGACCCCUGAACAUGUGUUCACCGGCCCCCCACAUAUAACUUUUGAAUCCCCCAAAACUGAACUACUAAUAGCCUACUGUUGACCAGAAGCCUUACGAAUAAAUAGUCAAUUAACACACAUUUUGUAUGUUACAUGUAUUAUAUACCGUAUUCUUGCAGUAAAAUAAGAUAGGGAAAAUACUAAGAUUAAGAGAAAGUACCUUGGGGCGCCUG